AAGAGCCCGAAGAAACCGCAUUCUGAGCAUAAAAUGGCAGUGAGGUUACUAAAGGUUUCCUCCUUAGCAACUGCAGUAUCCACAUCUUGUGGAUUAUAUCUCUAUAAAUACAAGUAUGUGGACCCAAGCGACUUCAGCAUCAUAAGAUUUGGGAAGAGCAGCAAUGGCAACAGCCAUUAUCAGCUAUGACUACAUCACUUCACUGAAGGAGGUGCAAAAAGGAACAGAAGAGUACUCGGCUAUCAAGUCAAAGGUUCAUUUGCGUUCCGCAGAACGCCUCAGGGAUUUGUGCUGUGCCAACAGGGGGACGUUCAUUAAGGUGGGGCAGCACCUGGGCGCGCUCGAUUAUCUGCUUCCUGAGGAAUACACCAGUACCUUGAAAGUCCUGCACAGCAGGGCACCGCAGAGCAGUCUCCAGGAGAUAGAGCAAGUCAUUAGAGAGGAGCUAGGCAAAGAGAUUAGUCAGCUAUUUGCAAGUUUUGAGGAGCACCCACAGGGAGCAGCAUCACUAGCCCAGGUACACAAGGCAGUGUUGCAUGAUGGGAGGACAGUAGCAGUCAAAGUUCAACACCCUAAAGUCCAAGUACAGAGCUCCAAAGACAUCAUGGUCAUGCAGCUUUUACUCCAGGCUGUGACAUGGCUGUUUCCUGACUUUGGUUUCAUGUGGCUUGUUGAAGAAGCCAAAAAGAAUUUGCCUCUAGAGCUAGACUUCAUGAACGAAGGGAGAAAUGCUGAAAAAAUGUCUGAGAUGCUCAAGGAUUUUACAUUUUUGAAGGUACCUAAAAUUCACUGGGAUCUGUCUACAAAGCGAAUUCUCAUGAUGGAAUUUGUGGAAGGGGGCCAAGUUAAUGACAGGCAGUACAUGGUACAAAAUGGCAUUGAUGUCAAUGAGGUUUCACGGAAUUUGGGGAAGAUGUACAGCGAGAUGAUUUUUGUUCACGGAUUUGUACACUGUGAUCCUCACCCAGGCAAUGUGUUAGUAAGGAAAUGCCCUAAGACCAAGAAGCCUGAAAUCAUACUGCUUGAUCACGGAUUAUAUCAGGUCCUGAGUGACAAGUUUCGACUACAUUACUCUCGUCUCUGGCUGUCUCUGAUUAGUGCGGACAUGAAAGGUGUUGAGAAGUAUAGUCGCUUACUAGGAGCUGGGGAUCUCUAUCCACUAUUUGCCUGCAUGUUAACAGCAAGAUCCUGGACCGCAGUCAACAGUGGAAUUGAUCAGACGCCUGUAACACAAAAAGAGGACGUGGAAAUUCGAACAAAUGCUGCCCAGUAUCUUCCUCAGAUUAGCACCCUCCUGAAUAAGGUCCCUCGUCAAAUGCUGCUACUUUUCAAGACAAAUGACCUUCUGCGUGGCAUUGAAACAACACUGCAGACACGGGCCAAUGCAAGCUCUUUUAUCAAUAUGUCUCGCUGCUGUAUCAGGGCUGUGGCCAGACAUGAGAAGAACAAUUCUCAGACUCGCUUUAAGAAAAUGCAAAUUUCUUUUUCCGAAGUGUUUGCCCUCUGGCAAAUUAAUUUAUAUGAACUUCUUCUGUGGAUUAAAGGGUCAAAGCUGGCCGAUUGGAUUGUACGCAUUCUGAGUCAAAUUUGCUGGGAACAAUGAGCUGGAAUCUCUGCCGGAUACAAAUUGUUUUGAUCUUAUUCAGACAAAUAAUGAGGAUUUGACCACACAUUUUAUUCUUUUUUUUGUGGGUAGGACUGCUGGAUUCUAAUAAAUGGUCAUGUAAUAAGAUAUAAAAUGAUGUUAAUGGUUGCAAAUUGUUAUUUUUUUAAACACCUUAGGUAAUUUUAGAAUUUAAGAAAGCAAAACACAGCCAUUGGUUUGAGAAUCUAUGUGCAAAAUAUACCAUAUUUUAAAGGUAUUAACUGUGAACCAGUACAUGUUUCUUUUGUUAUGUUUGAAUGUUGGGAAUGUUGUUAACAUUGAGCACAGGAAUUACUUUUCACAGAUUUUAGAGCUGCUGUAACACAGCCUUAGGGUACCCGGGUUUGAUUGUGUAAUUUACAAGUCACCCUGCCCCAUGUUCACAUGAAGUUUCUCAUGCUAAGUAAUUUUCCUUCCACUUCCCCAAGACAUUUAUGCUAAACUGCCAACUCUGAACAGACCUGCUGUAUGAUUUUGCCUUGUGAUAGACUGACGUCCUGUCCGGGGUUGAUGCCUGCCUUGCAUUUGAUAAUGAUGUAAUAGUCUCCGAGAAAUUGUAUACUAGAAAAAAACAGUUCAGAAAAUGCAUAGAUGUUUUCAUUUGUGCAUCUUGUUAAUCUUGUUCAUUAGCUAUUCAUGGUAUUUUGACAAACAUAUUCACCUGCUAAAGUCAAGUGACAAAAUGACACCUUUUCUGUUAGCAGCAAGGCUGUGUCUUCGAAGCACCUGGAAAUGAAUCUUAGUCAUACAGGCUGAAACCAGACAGCAACUAUGGGAAAGGCAGCUCAUGGUCAGAAACAAGAUAAGGAGUCAUAAACCAAAGAAAGAAACUUCAGAAAUUAGAGUAAAAGAACUUUUAAUAUACACUCGUUUAGACCGAGGAUAAGUGAGGCCAGUUUGUAAAGUGUUGCGUUGAAAAAACAUGACUUCUGGCGAUACUCCACCUCUUGUUUUGUGCUAGCAACUGAACAAAUUGUCAAUGUCCAUAAAAAAAAACAAAAUGGCAUUACAGUAAAAAAGUUCUGUCUUUAGAGUAAGGCUUCCAUUACGCAGAGAUUGACUGGCAUGACAAACAUGGAUUCUACCCACAGAAAAUGUCAAGAAAAAUGUAUUACGUUCAGGAAAAAGUUUUAAAGUAUCCAGAUCAUGGUAAUACCAUGUUACAGGAGGAACUCCUAGGAGGACACAAGUAUCAAAAAGGAUGUUUUAUUAACACAAAUAAUAAUCAUGAGUAGUGACAAAUUACAAAACCUUGCUUGUAUCAACUGGCAUGACUAUGUAGGACUUUCAGUUCUUGUCUGUUUGGUGAGAUGUAUUGGGUAUUUUUUUCACUAUUAAAACAGAACCAAAACAUUCCUCUCUUUUCCUGUAUCAUAAGACACUGGCCUUCUUUCCUCCUUACCACUAUAUGAACUAUUUACCUGGCUCAACUCUGAAAUCUAAGUUUUCUGGACUAAUCACGUUUAGCCAGUCACCACUUCCAGGUUAACUUUCUAUCCUAUAGUCCGGAAUGCCAUGUGGUUGCCCUGCUAGACCUUUUCCUACCAGCCUCAGACGUCCCUGCCCUGGGCCUCAGCAUAAGCAUGUGCUGUGGUGUGAAAUUUUGUAUAUAAGUUGAUAAAUAUUUUGUAUGUCUUUAUUUGUAACUUAGACAAAGCAAUGUAAUAUUAGUGUUACAUUAUUGAUAAGAACAGAAAUGGUUUGAGGGUUAAGAACCCACCCCAGUGUCUUUAGGACUGAGUCUUUGUAAUUUUAUGACAGGGUUGGGGGAAGUGCCUUAAACCAGUUUGGUAUGUGAUUCUCCGCAGGACUCUCUCAAUCUUCCCCCACAUGGAGGCCAAGUACCUAGCUGGCAAGCUUCACCUUAACAAAUGGUAUUGGAGGCAGGAGUGAAACCAUUGUGUCGCACCAGAAUUCUGUUGGUCUAAAGUUGUCUGUUUGGUUUUAAAUCAGAAGCCAUUAAGUACCAUGAUGCCCUAUUGGCUGUAGGGUUUGGACAGAGAGUCUAUAAAUUUGCUUGCUUUACCCCUCCCUCUCUCUCUUACUUCAUCAUCAUGAAGGAGCAUCUUUCACACCAUUUCUAUGAAAAGGACAACACAAUGAAGAGCACAGCUUGACAGCCAUAUUGAGACAGGCGUGUGGCCUGUUCAGAAGAAAGUGGACCAAAAAUGAUGUCUUAGCUAGAGACAUUUUAAAUAACAAAUCUGUGUCCCGCCUGAAACUACACAUCAGCAUUUAUCAGGCUGUAUGGUUGCCAAUAUUCACUUGUACUGGCUUAUUGUUAUUAUUUAUGAAUAUUAUCCAUAAUACAUUAUUUAAAGUGUAACUUAACUCCUGCUUGUCUUUUACUACAUCUAAUUGCCUGAGGUUAUAAAUGUAGAAGGGAAGGUGAGGAGAGGUUAUAUACUACAAUACCUUAUAAAUAGUGGUAAGUCUACGAGAUUGGAGGCAUUCUGACAAAGGCUACACAUUAAUAAAACAAAAGGGGAAAGUAGAGCAAAAUAGAACUCCACCAAGACAAAGAAAAGGAAUAGGCAAAAAAGAGCAACUCAGGUGGCACAAGAGAAGAAAGCAUAAUGAACAUGAAAAUGAAGUUGUCCCUGUGGGAACGGACAGUGCAAUGAGCAUGAUGAACCCCAUGGAAGCCUGGCUAUCAUAAUGUCUAUUAAAUUAGUACCUUUCCUCCAUUAUGUUGUUCCUUUUCCUUAGGUGGGCAGUAUACUAUUUCAUUUCGUCUUUUAUUCUUCUUUCGUGUAGAGUGACAGCCCUUACCUGGCAUCCUUUUAGAAGCUGCAUAAAUCUUAUUGAGUUAUUAUCUUAUAUGCAUGAAUUUGUCACCUAAUCCAUCCACUUUAAACUUUUAAUGAACCCAAGGCAAGCUCUCCAUCUGGAUACCAGGCUCCUGCAUGGCAUGGCUACAAAACCUGACCAUUCAGUAGCCAGUUGACCUGAUGGAACAUCUCUGGACUAAGGGAGGAGUCUGAAUUAUCACGUAUGAAAGACAUACAGACUUGGCACUGAUUGUAGACCUGAACCUGAGACCAGCUGUGCGGUUUGAGACACAUCACACUGUAUAACAUAACUGCUUGGACAGAGUGUUACAUGUGUGUCUAACGCACCACAAAAUGAUAUCUUUGCUAUCUCGUAUUACAUAUCUAACAUUUUGUCAUGUACAGUUGACCUCAGGUGUUUUAUAUUACCCAAUAAACAAUUAUGUUUUUACUA